GUCUACUAAAGACAAAGACUUUGCUUUUGCAAUACCUAUCUUACAAAGAAAAAAAAAAUGAAGGAGCUGAGUUUCUUUUCAAUCCUCUGUUUUGUCCUCAUAAGCUUCGAUGGUGUUGCUUCUUUUACAGAAGAAACAUGUCCCACAAGCAACGGGAUGGUUUUCACGCCCAGCGGCACCUACGACGCAAACCGCCGUCUCAUCCUCUCUUACCUUCCUUCCAACGUCACGGCUCAAAAGGGCCUCUUCUACAACGUCUCCAUCGGACAAGAACCGAACCGUAUCUACGCAACAGGAAUGUGCAUACAAGGAUCGGAUCCAGUCGACUGCUCCAACUGCAUCACAACCACCUCUGAUGCUUUGAUAAAGAACUGUCCAAACCAAACCGAAGCGUAUUCAUGGGCAAGCAGUCCCACGCUUUGCCAUGUUCGCUACUCCAACACUUCUUUCUUAGGAUCGCUAGAUCUAAGUCCGAGGGAUAGCAUCACCCACGGUGCAAACGUAACCUCAGAUCUAACGGAGUUCAUGAAGAUAUGGGAAGACUUAGCUGUCCGUAUGGUUGAUGCCGCAUCCACGUCAAGAAGCACACCGUCCUCUAGUGAUAAUCAUUACACGGCUAAUACCGCAGCCUUGACACCUUUCCAAGAUGUCUACGCAAUGAUGCAGUGCACGCCUGAUCUUUCCUCUAGCGAUUGUAGGACUUGCCUGCGACAGAGCGCGUUUGAGUACUCUCAGCCAUGCUGUAAUACGAAGCAAGGAACUCGUAUUGUUCGGCCAAGCUGCUAUUUCCGGAUGGAGGUUUAUCCGUUCUCUAAAGCUACUUUUGUUAAUUUUACGGCGGCUUCUCCUCCUCCUGUGGCUGUGCCACAGCCUCCAGAUGGUCCGGCCAAUAAUGAUAGCAAAAGACUCUCAACUGGAACUGUCGUGGCCAUUACCGUUGCAACUGUUGUUGGUGUCUUGAUACUUUUUGUUCUUGGUUAUGUUCUAUGCCGGAGGAGAAGCUCACACUACAAGAAAACAGACGUAUACCGACGGACAAAACCGUCGGAAUGUCGUCGGAAUAGGGCUAUUCCGACGACAUUCCGACGAAAGUGGUCGUCGGUUUCAGUUGGUCGGAAAAAAAAAGUUCGUCGGAAAUCCAUCAGACAGUCCGACGAUUAUCUGACGGAUAGCGAUGAACCCGAUUCUGACGGAGUUCCGACGCCCUUCCGAUAAGGAAUUCCCUCGGAAUCCGUCGGAGUAUUCCGAUCACUGUAUUCAUCGGAAACUCAUGAUUCCGACGACGACAAAAUGCAUCAGAAUAUUCCGACGAACAUAGUCGUCGGAAAUUCCGACGAAAAGAGUUGUCGGUAUAUUCCGACGAAACAUGUCGUCGGUAUAUUCCGACGAAAAACGUCGUCGGGAUAUUCCGACGAAAGGAUCCGUCGGAAUAAUCCGACGACAUGUUUCAUCGGAAU